UUUUUUAUAUCUAAUUUUUUGUUGCAGUAUUCAAUGGAUUUUGUAUAUCUCAGUGUGGUGAUAUUAUUUUCAUCAUGGACAGAGGUGGCAUGUUGGAUGCAUACUGGAGAGAGGCAAGCGGCGAAGAUGAGGAUGGAAUAUCUACGGUCCAUGUUAAAUCAAGACAUUAGUCUUUUCGACACCGAUGCUUCUUCCACCGGUGAAGUCAUUUCUGCUAUCACUAGUGACAUCAUUGUUGUUCAAGACGCCAUUUCGGAGAAGGUGGGGAACUUCAUUCAUUACAUAAGCAGAUUCAUAGCAGGAUUCACAAUCGGAUUCAUUAGGGUUUGGCAAAUCAGUCUCGUCACUCUCUCUAUUGUUCCCUUGAUCGCCAUUGCUGGUGGUGUUUACGCCUUUGUCGCCACUGGUCUCAUUGCCCGUGUUCGCAAAUCUUACGUCUACGCUGGCGAAAUCGCCCAAGAGGUGAUAGGAAAUGUGAGAACAGUUCAAGCAUUUGCAGGAGAAGAAAAGGCAGUGAGAUUGUAUAGAGCAGCACUCUUGGACACUUACAAGUACGGGAGGAAAGCAGGACUAGCCAAGGGCCUGGGGCUUGGCACCUUGCACUGUGUCCUUUUUCUUUCAUGGUCAUUGCUUGUUUGGUAUACGAGCAUUGUUGUUCAUAAGAACAUUGCCAAUGGAGGAGAUUCUUUCACUACCAUGCUCAAUGUUGUCAUUUCCGGAUUGUCACUUGGACAGGCAGCGCCCGACAUCUCUGCAUUCAUCCGAGCAAAGACAGCUGCUUAUCCCAUAUUUGAGAUGAUAGAGCGAAACACAAUAAGCAAAACAAGCUUGAAAACCGGCAGGAAACUAGUCAAUCAUGAAGGCCAUAUCCAAUUCAAGGACGUAUGCUUUAGCUACCCAUCUCGUCCUGAUGUUAUGAUAUUCAACAAGCUGUGUCUUGACAUACCUUCUGGGAAGAUUGUAGCCCUUGUGGGAGGAAGUGGGUCGGGAAAGAGCACGGUUAUAUCCUUGAUUGAGCGCUUCUACGAGCCUCUCUCUGGACGGAUACUAUUAGAUGGAACCGAUAUCAGAGAGCUUGACCUCCAGUGGCUCAGGCAACAGAUUGGGUUGGUUAAUCAAGAGCCUGCACUUUUUGCCACAACCAUUAGGGAGAACAUUCUCUAUGGGAAAGACGAUGCCACCCUCGAAGAGAUUACACGUGCUGCGAAACUUUCAGAGGCAAUCACUUUCAUCAACAACCUUCCUGAUAGAUUGGAAACCCAGGUGGGUGAAAGGGGAAUACAAUUAUCGGGUGGACAGAAGCAGAGAAUUGCAAUAUCACGAGCAAUAGUAAAGAAUCCUUCAAUACUUCUGCUGGAUGAAGCUACAAGCGCUCUUGACGCGGGGUCUGAGAAGAGUGUUCAGGAGGCACUUGAUCGUGUGAUGGUAGGACGGACAACUAUUGUUGUGGCCCAUCGGCUUUCUACUGUUAGAAAUGCAGAUGUAAUAGCUGUUGUUCAAGGUGGAAAGAUAGUGGAGACCGGGAGUCAUGAUCAGCUCAUUUCGAAACCAAAUAGUGCUUAUGCAUCACUUAUUCAACUCCAAGAGGCAGCUUCCUUGCAUCGCCUCCCUUCCCGUGGACCUGCUUUGGGACAGCCACUCAGCAUUAAAUAUUCUCGUGAAUUGUCGCGCACAACAAGCCGCGACACAAGCUUUCACUCUGAUAAGGUGUCGGUUGGUCGAAUUGGAGUUGAUGGUUUGGAGAUUGUUAAUCCACCACGUGUGUCGAAUGGAAGAUUGUAUUUGAUGGUGGGUCCUGACUGGAUGUAUGGGGUUUCUGGCACAAUUUGUGCACUCAUUGCUGGAGCACAGAUGCCUCUUUUUGCCCUUGGUGUCACUCAGGCUCUUGUAUCAUACUACAUGGACUGGGACAUAACAUGCCGUGAAGUCAAGAAGAUCACAGUCCUCUUCUGUGGAGGUGCUUUCAUAACUGUCAUUGUUCAUGUGAUCGCACAUCUCUCCUUUGGAAUCAUGGGAGAGCGGCUUACUCUUCGCGUGCGAGAAAUGAUGUUUUCUGCCAUUUUGAGAAAUGAGAUUGGAUGGUUUGAUGACACAAACAACACAAGUUCCAUGCUCGCAUCUCGUUUAGAGAGUGAUGCAACUUUGUUGCGUACUGUAGUUGUUGAUCGCUCUACUAUUCUCAUACAGAAUGUUGGUUUGGUCGUUACCUCAUUCAUCAUUGCCUUCAUUUUGAACUGGAGGCUCACGCUUCUUGUCAUGGCCACAUAUCCACUGAUCAUUAGCGGUCACAUAAGCGAGAAAAUGUUCAUGAAAGGCUAUGGUGGAAACUUGAGCAAAGCCUAUCUGAAAGCGAACAUGCUUGCUGGUGAGGCUGUGAGUAACAUCCGUACUGUUGCUGCAUUCUGCUCGGAAGAGAAGGUCCUUGACCUUUAUGCUCAAGAGCUUGUUGAGCCUUCAAGGCGUUCGUUUACUCGUGGUCAGAUUGCUGGCAUUUUCUAUGGAGUCUCUCAAUUCUUCAUCUUCUCAUCCUAUGGCCUUGCUUUGUGGUAUGGUUCUGUUUUGAUGGGGAAGGAGAUUUCUAGCUUUAAAUCUGUCAUGAAAUCAUUUAUGGUUUUGAUAGUGACGGCACUAGCCAUGGGGGAGACUUUGGCAAUGGCACCAGAUCUUCUAAAAGGGAACCAAAUGGUGGCGUCGGUCUUUGAGGUUCUCGACCGAAAAACAGAGGUCAAAAGCGAUAUUGGAGACGAGCUGACAACGGUGGAUGGCAUGAUAGAGCUGAGGGGUGUCCAAUUUCACUACCCUUCAAGGCCCGAUGUACUCAUUUUCAAGGGCUUCGAUCUAACCGUGCAUGCAGGCCAGAGCAUGGCAUUAGUCGGGCAGAGUGGUUCCGGUAAAAGCUCAGUGCUCGCUCUUGUCCUACGGUUCUAUGAUCCAACAGCCGGCAAAGUGAUGAUUGACAGAAAAGAUAUCAAGAAACUCAAACUCAAAUCUCUCCGGAAGCACAUUGGCCUAGUCCAACAAGAACCGGCUCUCUUUGCCACAUCAAUCUAUGAAAACAUACUUUACGGGAGAGAAGGAGCCUCAGAAGCAGAAGUAAUCGAAGCAGCAAAACUAGCUAAUGCACAUAGUUUUAUUAGUGCCCUUCCAGAGGGCUACUCAACCAAAGUUGGAGAGCGAGGAGUUCAACUCUCCGGUGGCCAGAAGCAAAGGGUAGCCAUUGCUCGGGCUGUUCUAAAAAACCCGGCUAUCUUGCUACUAGAUGAAGCCACGAGCGCUCUAGACGUGGAGUCAGAGCGAGUUGUGCAACAAGCUUUGGAUAGGCUGAUGAAGAACCGAACCACGGUCAUGGUGGCCCAUAGGUUGUCGACUAUUAAAAAUGCAGACCAAAUAUCGGUUUUACAAGACGGGAAGAUAAUAGAGCAAGGGACUCAUUCUAGUCUUGUGGAGAACAAGGAUGGGGCAUACUUCAAGUUGAUCAGCUUACAACAGCAACAACAUUGUUAGCAGUAACAACCUCAAAAAAACACAUCUUCUUUUAUAGUUGUUAUUUUUAUUUUUAUUUUUCUAUAUAAAUCUAUUGUUUCUAUGAAAAGACAAUAAUUAUACACGUUGAGAAAUGAUUUUACAUUUUAGAACGGGUUUGUUUACUUUA